AUGGAGGAGACGCCGCCCCCGCUGCUGGGCAGCAGCAAGCCGCACCUGGAGAAGCUGACCUUGGGGGUCACUCGCAUCCUAGAAUCAUCCCCAGGUGUGACAGAGGUGACCAUCAUAGAAAAACUACCUGCUGAACGUCAUAUGAUUUCUUCAUGGGAACAAAAGAAUAACUGUGUGCUGCCUGAAGAUCUGAAGAACUUUUACCUGAUGACCAACGGCUUCCACAUGACGUGGAAUGUGAAGCUGGAUGAACAUACCAUUCCAUUGGGCAGCAUGGCAAUUAACAGCAUCUCAAAACUGACUCAACUCAACCAGUCUUCCAUGUACUCACUUCCUAACGCACCAACUCUGGCAGACCUGGAGGACGAUAUACAAGAAGCCAGUGAGAACCAGCCAGAGAAGCCUCACUUUGAUUCUCGCAGCGUGAUAUUUGAGUUGGAUCCUUGCAAUGGGAAUGGGAAGGUUUGCCUUGUCUACAAAAGAGGGAAACCAGGAUUAGCACAGGACACUGAGAUCUGGUUCCUGGACAGAGCAUUAUACUGGCAUUUUCUCACAGACACCUUUACUGCCUAUUACCGCCUGCUCAUCACCCACCUGGGCCUGCCCCAGUGGCAGUACACCUUCACCAGCUAUGGCGUCAGCCCCCAGGCCAAGCAAUGGUUCAACAUGUAUAAACCCAUCACCUACAACACAAACCUCCUCACUGAAGAGACCGACUCCUUUGUGAACAAGCUGGAUCCUAGCAAAGUGUUCAAGAGCAAGAACAAGACCAUAAUCCCCAAAAAGAAAGGGCCUGCUCAGCCUGCAGGCGGCCAGAAAGGGCCCUCAGGUCCUGCUUCCACCUCUAAAUCCGCCUGUGGGUCUGGAAACCCUGUCCGGAAAUGA